GAUUUUAUUUCAAUUCUUUGAUUACAUUCGUGAUCAGUUCGAUUUCGCGUUUCGUGUUGUUCAGUUUUUUCGAUUGCUUCUGUUUGGAGUGUUUAAUACCACUCUGGCAUUUUGUCGAGCAGCCUGUGUCCUAACACAAGUUAGGUCUUCCUUGUUUGAGAUGUAGAAUUUUUUCUAGAAGUUGCUUUUAUUUUAUGGGGUAAUUUGUUUAUGUUGUGAGGUUAUAACCUUCAAUGGCAACUGGAAAGACUCCAACCGAGAACCCCUCAUCCAUAGCUUCUACGCCAGCUGCAGCUUCAUGUCGGAAGAAGAAGAGUGAAAGUGCAACUUUCCUAGAGGAUGUGAAAGAUCACAUUGAUGAAUUCAUCCAUGCUUCUAUGGACGAACACAAGACUUGUUUCCAAAAGACAAUCAAGAAGAUGUUCGGGAUGUCAAAAGCUGUUGCAGAGAAGAACUCUGAGGCCAAGGAAAUUGAAAGUUCUUUGCCUCUUCGAACGACUGUUGCUGAGUAAGGUGUAUUCUACCCUGCCUUGACAUGAACUUAAUAGAUACUAGUAUAUUUAGUUGUUGUCACCAGUUUUAGAUAUGUGGAGUAAGUCAUCUUUGAGACUGUUACUUGGAAGUUAUUAACUUGAUGUGAAUCUUGUACUACUUGGCAACCUUGGGCCCAGAGAAUUCAACAAUAUUCACAACAUCUUGUUAGUAUUUUUUCCAUUUGUUUGAAAUACAUGAAUCUGGCUGCCUUUGGAAUACUA